AUGAUAGCAGGUACAAGAGUGAACCCGUAUUUUUAAAGCAAUCGUAGAGGUGGAAGUGCUUUAAAAGGGGGAAGACUAGAAAAUAAUAGUAGUUUUUAAACUCCAAAAAUGGUAAUGCAAAACUCUGCUGAAGAGAAAUUAUAGAAUAAACAAUAAGAUGUUAGUCAAUUACGGUAAAGUCCAUCUUUUAAAUUGAAAAAUACAAGAUUUCUGACUCCAGGAAAGUAAGAGGAAUAGCGAAAAUAAUCAAAUAUCUAAGAAACCUAUGCUCGUAAAACUAGAAUCACAGUAUUGGAGUCAUUUUACCAUUAACUAGGAACUGAUGAUGACAUAUCAGUUUUAAAAAAUACUUAACAAGCAAAAAGAAAGCUAAUUAAUAUCACCCCAUCUUCUUAAACUGCAUACAUCUCGAAAAAAACUCAAGAACUAGAGGAAGAAAACAUAGAGGAGGCUCACUUCCAAUUUGUAUAAAUGUAAUAGAAGUAUAAGCAAUGGCUGGAGAACUUUGAAAAGAAGUGUGUAAAGCAAUUUUGA